CGAGCAGACACAUGCGCGCCGCCGCCGCCGCAGCCCUCGGCCUCCCGGGCUGGAAACCUUUGCGAUUGAGCGGUUGCCUCUAGGUCUGCGCCUCCGGCCGCCCCUCCCGCCGUCCCGCGGCUUGCGAGGGAGCGCAGCGGGGACUCGGGGCUGCCGGAGAAACCUGUGACCCCCACGCAGGAGCGGGGCGGGGGACCGGGAGAAGAUGGCGACGCCGGGAAGCGAACCCCAAGCUUUCACGCCCGCCCUCUCGGCAACCGCCCUGCACCCGCACCUCCACCAGCACCACCAGCACCACGGAGGCACGGGAGGCGCGGGCUUCAACCUGCCCUUGAACCGCGGGCUGGAGCGCGCGCUGGAGGAGGCGGCCAAUUCUGGGGGCUUGAACCUGAGCGCAAGGAAGCUGAAGGAGUUUCCCCGGACGGCGGCCCCGGGACACGACCUCUCGGACACGGUUCAGGCAGAUCUGUCUAAAAACAGGCUGGUGGAAGUGCCGAUGGAACUGUGCCAUUUCGUAUCCCUGGAGAUCCUUAACCUGUAUCACAACUGUAUCCGAGUCAUCCCCGAGGCCAUUGUUAAUUUGCAGAUGUUAACCUACUUAAACUUGAGCCGAAAUCAGCUGUCUGCCCUGCCUGCCUGCCUGUGUGGUCUGCCUCUCAAAGUCUUAAUCGCAAGUAACAACAAGCUGGGAUCACUGCCUGAAGAGAUAGGUCAGCUCAAACAGUUAAUGGAGUUGGAUGUCAGCUGCAACGAGAUCACAGCCUUGCCCCAGCAGAUCGGCCAGCUGAAGUCUCUACGAGAACUGAAUGUCCGAAGAAAUUACCUUAAGGUUUUACCACCAGAACUAGUAGAUCUCCCCUUGGUAAAAUUCGACUUUUCCUGCAACAAAGUUCUGGUGAUCCCCAUCUGCUUCAGAGAGAUGAAGCAGCUUCAAGUGCUCCUUCUGGAGAAUAACCCUCUGCAGUCCCCUCCGGCUCAGAUUUGUACAAAAGGCAAAGUGCACAUAUUUAAGUACCUGAGCAUACAAGCGUGCCAGAUUAAGACGACUGACCCCCUGUACCUCCACACCAUGGAGAGGCCUCAUUUGCACCAGCAUGUAGAAGACAGUAAGAAGGAUUCUGAUUCGGGAGUUGGAAGUGACAAUGGAGAUAAGCGGUUAUCUGCCACCGAGCCUUCCGAUGAGGACACAGUUAGCCUCAAUGUUCCCAUGUCAAACAUCAUGGAGGAAGACCAGGCCAUCAAGGAGGAUGCCUGCCAUCAUCUGACCCCAGCCAAAGGAGAAUUUCAGCCGGAGCCUUCCCUUUUGGGUGACAGCAACAGCUCAGGACAAGAAAGAGACCAGUUUGCUGAUGGAGCAGAUGCUCUUCACCCGGGAUUUAUGAACUAUAUGAAGGACCAGGCGGGAGACUGUGAAGAGCUAUUGCGGAUAGAAGAGGAUGCUCAUUGGCACAUGGAGGGACUACUAGAGUCAUCCAAAGAUCAGGAUUUGGAUAUAGCAAUGAUUGAGCAGCUGAGAGAAGCAGAAGGUUUGCUUCAGGAUCCCAACGGUCUGAGUGCUGACAUUACAGAGAGGAGUAUUUUGAGCCUGUAUCCCAUGGGCUCAGCAGAAGGCUUAGAAUUACCUGACCCUACGUUCAAUGGUCAGAUGCAGCUGGAGAUGUCCCCAGAGUGUGAGGUGCAAAAUGAUCUGAUGAUGCAGAGUAACGGGAGCCAGUAUUCUCCAAAUGAGAUGAGAGACAACUCCCCUUCCGUGUCUCCUACUGCAAACAUCACAGCUCCUUUUGGCCUGAAGCCUCGCUCAGACCCAGACCUCAUUCUCCCUCCUAUCUCCUUCAACAAACUUACGCAGGCACAAACAUGGGACAACUCUAGCUACAGUGUUCCAUCUGAAGGAGACAGUGACAAUGUGUUUCUAAGACCACAGAGAAAUUUGGAAUCCAUAGACCCGCAGUUUACAAUUCGGAGGAAAAUGGAGCAGAUGAGAGAAGAAAAGGAGCUGGUGGAGCAGCUCCGAGAGAGCAUUGAAAUGAGGUUGAAAGUGACCCUGCAUGAAGACCUAGGAGCUGCACUCAUGGAUGGCGUCGUGCUCUGCCACUUGGCCAACCACAUCCGCCCUCGGUCUGUCGCCAGCAUCCAUGUCCCCUCGCCUGCAGUUCCAAAACUCAGCAUGGCCAAGUGCAGGAGGAAUGUGGAAAACUUCUUGGAAGCGUGCAGAAAACUUGGCGUGCCCGAGGAAAAGCUCUGUCUGCCUCAUCACAUCCUUGAAGAGAAGGGCCUGGUCAAAGUGGGCAUGACUGUUCAAGCCCUGUUGGAUGUCACUGUCACAAAAGCUCUGCUCACAUGAGACCAAGCCCUCUCUGCUCGGUGGCCUCAGACUCUACCCAGCGCAGGGACCCUGGACUCUGCUCCUGGCACCUGUACCUGCCCCUCCCUCACAGCCUGCCAGUUCCGCGACAAGCUUCGUUGACAAGGUUUCAACCUAAGGGAGGAUUCAGGACCUUUUAGAGCUGGCCUCCAGGGUUCAGGGUGGACAGGUAGUGUCUGAGGGAGCUGGCAGAGAACUGAGUAGCACGCCAUUGCCUUUUCAACCUUCAUCCCUUCCACACUCACCAACUGCCAUUACCAAAUGCCAAGCACAAACCGUUUCACAGUGAGUCGUGUCUGUUUGACCAAAACCAAACUCCUUGCAGAAUCAGUGGGGGGAGGGGGAUGCAAUCAGGUUUUAUCCGCCACCAAAUUUUUUCAAGAUGUUUCUUGAGACCAUUGCCUUUUUUGAGAAACUAUUUUCAACAUACAAAAUAUUUAUAUAAAUAUUAUUUAUUAGCGAGUCGUUAUUCAUCCUUUGGAUGCAAAUUGUAAAUUAGGAAACUAUUUUAUUACUGCUUUUUUGUGGUUAAACAAUUUAUUUUAAUAUUAUAAAUACUGAGUUAUUUUCGAGCCUCUUUGGCAUGUAGGAGUUCCAGGUCUCAGUGUUCCUACUUCCUUGUGUAUAUGAUUCAGAAAAGAAAAGUUAAACAAGAAACACGUGCUUCUGUGACAGAGAGCUGUUUUCUGGGGAGGUGAUAGCUACCUUUUGAGUUGCGGAACAUCGUUCUUAUUUCUACUUCUGCAUUCCAUCCAGUUCCCUACAUUCCAGCAGCCCUCUUGUCCCUGUUAUAGUGAACCGACUGAAAUCAAGAGAGCACCCCAGAGUUAUUUGUAAAUAGCUAUGUGGAAAAAAAUAUUAAACUUGAAGAUGAAAUGUGAACAGGUUUUUUUUAUUCUUGUUUCUUUUGCUAUGCACAAAACAGACACAUAUUAACACAGAGAAGUGGGAAGUGUUGAGCAUAUGUCUUGAAGUAUAAUUUUGCACUGUAUUUUGGAUAACUGAGUAGCAUCUAGCACCAAAGGUAGAUGUUGAGGAAAUGAAUGAGAAAAUGGAGGUGAUGGGUGGUAACUGUCUAACUGAAAGGGUCAUGAGAGCUUGAGUCAGGAAACCAGCACUUCUUAUAAACUGCCAGCAUUCAAAGAGGGAGAGCUUCUGAAAUGCAUCUGUGCUCGUUUUUUUAUUGUAAUCGAGCUGGUGCUUUUUAAAGAGUCUAGACUUGGAAGCUUCCUGAUGUCUGGUAAGAAACUUGGGAAGUGAGGGGGCAAGGGGCUUCUGGUGGGCAUCUACAUGCACAGCCAAGCAGACUGAGUAAAGCAAAGUAGGUAGAGUGUGUGUGAGCAGCCAGUGGGGAGCCGGGACAAGUACAUUAGGACUAGAGAGCAGACAGCAGAGCAGACAGCCCAGGAGAGGAGCUGUCCCAGCCUGUCCGUGGGAGAGCUUCGCAGAAGGCUUCAUGGGACUAUGCCGAGCAGUCACACCUACGCACACUCACGCUGUAGGCAUGGAUGGAUAUCCCAGGCAUUUGUCAAAAGCUUGCAAUUGCCGACUGCACUUUCAGCCCUGUACAAAGCCAUUAGCAGUUCACAAUGGGGGGGCCACGAAGGUAGAUACAAAAGACUUCAGGAGGGGCGAGCGCACUCAGCAGAGACUGACCUUCCACCAGGGCGUGACGGUGGGCUUCUGAACAUGGGGACUCAGACCGGCAGCUAGUAAAUUACUUCCUAUCAAAUGUACUGUGCACUUUAACAUAAAUAUAUUUUAAUACUUUUCUGUACUGCACAAAUACCUGUUUUGCCAAAUGAUGUAACAGUGUAAAGAUGAGAGGAUUUUAAGUGUGUGUUCAGCUGGAGCGGCAUUCAGACAUUAGCAACACGAGGAUUUGGAAUACCGCACUUUCGUGGCAUUGCAGUGCAGGGUCCUGAAAUAUAUUUUUACAUGUAUCUUUGAUGACAUGAAGCUCAAUAACCAUUACUUUGGGAUUUUUUUAUUAAACUAUUUCUUUUGCUGUUAAUUUUCACUAUUUUCUUGAAAUUGGCUGUAUCAUACAAAUGGCUUCGAUAUUUUGUAAAAUGUGUUUUUGUAUGAAUACGAUGUCUUCAAGAUCCUUGUACACUGUUUAUAUGUGCAAUGAAAUGUGCAUGGCUGGCUGACAGUAUGAUAAGUAGACAGAGUGUAUAUAGUACAAACCUUUUUAUUAUUUAACAGCCAUUAAAAUUUUGAACUUGUACCAAC